AAUGACGUAGAGUAUUGAUUUCUUCUUUGGGGUAGUUAGCCGAUUGAUAGUGGAGGUAGAAAAGUUCAAAUUUAAGAACUAAAAAAUGACGGAUGCCAAAUAUUUCACGACCACCAAAAAAGGUGAGAUAUUUGAGCUGAAGAGUGAGUUGAACAGUGACAAAAAAGAAAAGAAGAAAGAAGCCGUGAAAAAAGUUAUUGCUUCUAUGACUGUGGGAAAGGAUGUUAGUGCUCUGUUUCCCGACGUUGUCAACUGCAUGCAGACAGACAACUUAGAGCUGAAGAAACUAGUAUAUCUCUACCUGAUGAAUUAUGCAAAAAGCCAGCCUGAUAUGGCAAUCAUGGCAGUGAACACUUUUGUUAAAGAUUGCGAAGACCCUAAUCCUCUUAUCAGAGCCUUGGCUGUACGUACCAUGGGCUGUAUUCGGGUGGACAAGAUUACAGAAUAUCUCUGUGAACCUUUACGUAAAUGUUUGAAAGAUGAGGACCCUUACGUCAGGAAAACUGCAGCUGUAUGUGUGGCAAAAUUACAUGACAUUAAUGCUCAGUUGGUAGAAGACCAGGGAUUUCUUGAUCAACUUAGAGAUUUGCUGUCCGACUCCAACCCUAUGGUGGUUGCUAAUGCUGUUGCUGCUCUCUCAGAAAUUAAUGAAACUUCAAGCAGUGGUCAGACUCUGAUAGAAAUGAAUGCUCAGGCUGUUAACAAGCUGCUUACAGCUUUAAAUGAAUGUACAGAAUGGGGUCAAGUCUUUAUCUUAGACUCUCUGGCAAACUAUACUCCUAAAGAUGACAGGGAGGCACAGAGCAUUUGUGAACGUAUCACCCCACGACUGGCUCAUGCAAAUGCUGCAGUUGUGUUGUCUGCCGUGAAGGUGUUAAUGAAGUUCAUGGAAAUGAUGGGAAACGAUACAGAGUUUGUCACUUCUUUGACCAAGAAGCUGGCCCCACCUUUGGUCACUUUAUUAUCCAGUGAGGCUGAAACACAGUACGUUGCUCUCAGGAACAUUAACCUUAUUGUUCAGAAAAGACCUGACAUUCUGAAACAGGAGAUGAAGGUAUUUUUUGUCAAAUAUAAUGACCCAAUCUACGUAAAACUAGAGAAGUUGGAUAUAAUGAUCCGUUUGGCCUCUCAAGCAAAUAUUGCUCAGGUUCUGGCUGAACUCAGAGAGUAUGCAACAGAAGUUGAUGUAGACUUUGUUAGGAAAGCUGUCCGGGCUAUUGGAAGAUGUGCUAUUAAGGUAGAGCAGUCUGCUGAACGAUGUGUUAGUACUCUUUUAGAUUUGAUUCAGACCAAAGUGAACUAUGUUGUACAAGAAGCUAUUGUUGUUAUCAAAGAUAUUUUCAGGAAGUAUCCAAACAAGUAUGAAAGCAUCAUUUCUACAUUAUGUGAAAACUUGGACACACUGGAUGAACCGGAAGCAAGAGCUUCCAUGAUCUGGAUUAUUGGAGAGUAUGCCGAAAGGAUAGAUAAUGCUGAUGAGCUUCUUGAGAGUUUCUUGGAGGGGUUCCAUGAUGAGAACACACAAGUUCAACUGCAGUUGUUAACAGCCAUUGUAAAACUGUUCUUGAAAAGACCAACUGAGACACAGGAACUUGUCCAGCAAGUGUUGAGUUUGGCUACACAGGAUAGUGAUAACCCAGACCUACGAGACAGAGGUUUCAUCUACUGGAGGCUGUUGUCCACGGAUCCUGCUGCUGCCAAAGAAGUUGUCCUUGCAGAGAAACCAUUAAUCAGUGAAGAGACGGAUCUUCUUGAACCAACUCUUCUUGAUGAAUUGAUCUGUCACAUUGGAACUUUGGCUUCUGUGUACCAUAAACCUCCAUCUGCUUUUGUAGAAGGUAAGACUGCUGUUAGAAAACAGCUGCCUCCUCGACAGAACUCGGUUGGUUCAGCAGAAGAGGCAUCCAGUGGAAGUCCACCAGCUCCUGGACAGCCCACUGAUGAGCAGCAACCUACAGUUAUUCCUGUUGCUGACAAUCUUAUUGGAGACCUGCUUAGUCUCGAUAUCAGUGCACCAUCCACUUACCAGGCUCCCAUACCUUCGCAACCUCAGCCUGUUGCUAACACUGCCGCUAUGGAUCUCUUAGGUGGAGGGCUGGACAGUCUACUUAGUGAUACUUCUGCUCCAGCAGGUAUAACGUCAGCUCCUCCUGUUAGCAGCAGUGGACUCCUAGGUGACAUAUUUGGUAUUGGAAAUGUCACACCUUUCUACACUCCAGCAAAACAGGUGUGGCUCCCAGCUGCCCGGGGAAAAGGUCUGGAGAUAAGUGGAACAUUUACUCGGAGAAAUGGACAAAUAUAUAUGGAAAUGACAUUCAGUAACAAAGCCAUGCAAGCAAUGACUUCAUUUGCAAUUCAGUUUAAUAAAAACAGCUUUGGUCUUUCUCCAGCCCAAUCUCUUCAGGUACAGGGGCCAUUGCAGCCUAACGGAUCUGUAGAUUCAAGCCUUCCAAUCAACACUAAGGGACCUGUUCAGAAGAUGGAACCUUUAACAAACCUUCAGGUGGCAAUAAAGAAUAAUGUAGAUGUAUUUUACUUCAGCUGUCUUGUUCCUCUGCAUGUCUUGUGUAUGGAAGAUGGAAUGAUGGAUAAGCGGGUGUUCCUGGCCACCUGGAAGGACAUUCCUGCCCAGAAUGAAGUACAAUAUACAAUAGAGAAUGUGAAUUAUACAGCAGAUCAAGUCUCGAGCAAACUACAGAACAACAAUAUCUUUACAAUCGCCAAGAGAAAUGUUGAAGGGCAGGAUAUGCUUUACCAGUCCCUCAAGUUAACGAACGGCAUCUGGGUUCUGGCUGAAUUAAAGAUCCAGCCUGGAAACAUAAAUCUUAUACUCUCUCUGAAAUCGAGAGCCAUGGAGGUUGCUUCCGGAGUCCACCAAACUUUUGAAUUAAUAUUACACAAUUAGAUCGUUCUCAUACAUUCCAGGGAGUAAGUGUUAGACCAUGUUUGUGCUUACAUUAUGUGCUUUACAAAAAACAUUGUUUAACAACAGUAAUAUAAGAAAGGAUAAUUAGUAUUGUAAAACUACCUGUUGAAACGUUUAUCAUGUUAUUGUUAAGGUAUCAUAAAAUAAAAUGUCAAAUAUUACAUGUAGA